GUGCUGGCAAACGCCCAGGCCAUGUACUCUGUAGCUUAUUUGCCAUGUUCCAGUGGGUAAUCACGUGAUUCGACUCCCCUCCACGCUGGCAUUAGGCUCGCCACAGCUGAGGCCGGAAAGUCCAGGUGUCCGAGAUGACUUUGGCGCAAGGGGCAACUUGACAUCAUCUUGUUGGAAUAGUUACCAUCCAAGCUGGCAGCACAACACCAAGCAUUGCCGCGCGCUCCUGUUCCUCCGCCCGCCCAUCAUCUUCACGGUGUCUAGCCCCCUGGAUCCCCCGCAACCAUGGAUUUGAACGACUUGAAGUCCACCGUCUCGAACCUGUCCUUGUAUGACAUCAAGGCCGGGUUCAGGAAGGCCCAAAAUGCGGUAAUGAACUUUACGGAGAUGGAGUCCAAGGUGCGAGAGGCCACGAACAACGAGCCUUGGGGAGCAUCCUCGACUCUGAUGCAGGAGAUCGCGAGCGGCACCUUCAACUACCAAACUCUCAAUGAGAUCAUGCCCAUGAUCUACCGCCGCUUCACAGAAAAGGCCGCCGAGGAAUGGCGCCAGAUCUACAAGGCCCUCCAACUACUCGAGUUCCUCAUCAAGCACGGCUCUGAGCGCGUCAUUGACGACGCCCGGGGCCACAUCUCCCUCCUCAAGAUGCUCCGCCAGUUCCACUUCAUCGACGCGAAUGGCAAGGACCAGGGCAUCAACGUUCGAAACCGAGCCAAGGAACUCGCUGAGCUUCUCGGCGACGUCGAGCGCAUCCGGGCCGAGCGUAAGAAGGCGCGAGCGAGCAAGAGCAAGUACACAGGCGUGGAGGGCGGCGCGACUUUUGGCGGCGGCUUCUCCAGCGGCGGUGCCAGCUCCAGCCGGUAUGGCGGCUUCGGCAGCGAAAGCGCCGAUGGGGGUGGUGCUCCUGGAGGCUAUGGUGGUUACUCGGGAGGCGUCUACGGCGACGGCGGCGGCUUCGGAGGCCAAACAAACGAGUGGCAGGAUUCCAGCAGCCGAGCCGACCGAUUCGAAGAGUACGACGAGUUCGAUGAGGGUGAGAGGCCCGCACCGAGCUCCACCAGAACCGCAAAGCGACCUGAGCGAGCCGGUGUUAAGAAGACAACAGCCGAGCUUCCUAAGAAGAAGGAGCCCGAGGUUGAUCUGUUCUCCUUCGACGAUCCCGCGCCGUCAUCCUCGUCUGCAGCCCCCGGUGCUUCUUCGUCUGGCUUUGCUCCCUUAGCCCCGAGCGGCACUUCCGCUUCCGCCAACGACGACGACGAUGAGUUUGAUGACUUCCAGGAGGCCACUCCCGCGGCUCCCAGUGCCUUUGGACAGACUGCCAUGGCUCCCGUGACAUCGUCAGCCUCUUCGACCGCCCACUUCGCUUCUCCUCAGCCCCGAUCCGGCCCUCAGCAGGCCGACAUCAACCAGAUGGUUAGCAUGUCAUCCAUCUCGCCUGCUCCCAGCGCAUCGGGCACUCCAGGUAUCAACUACUCUGCCUUUAGCGCCCCUGCUGCUGCGCCGGCCGCCCAGCCCAUCAAGCCAGCUGCCUUCCAGGCUUCCGGACCCAACUACUUUGGUACCGUCCAGGCUCAACCCGUUGGCGCUCCACAUGUGUCUGGCUUGCCAGGCAUGUCUAGCGUAGCGUCCAACACGCCGACUACCAUGGGCAACAUGAAGCCCGUCACCAGCUCUGCGAACAAGCCUGCGGCUGCUGCUGGCGGCGAUGCCUUUGGAGCCCUGUGGGGCAAGGCCAGCGCGGGCAUGAAGAAGCCCAACACCCCUACCGCUGGUCCCACGAUGGGCCAGCUCGCCAAGGAGAAGAGCGCUGCCGGCAUCUGGGGAGCCCCUGCUGGCGGGUCUUCACAGCCACCUGCUCCUAAGACAGGCGGAUCUGCGAUGGACGAUCUUCUUGGUUAAGCAACGUACGUGAAUGUCCAAUAUUACAAGCCACCACCUAGACCUGAGACUGGGACGGGCCUGGUUCAAAGUAACCGUGAGGAACAUGUCCCAGCGGGUGCCAUGGGGUGGCCCUAAGAAUGUAUGGAUAACAAAGCAAUGGGACAAGCAUGUUAUUUUGAUGAUAGGAUCCUAGAUAGGCGUCUGGCGCAAAAAAUGAACUGACAUGUCAUGCCAGUUUGGUCUUGA